AUGGAGCGGUUCAAGGGCCUAGACAGCCUCCUCCUGGCUCUCACUCUUCUUCAAGGAGCAAUGGCCGAGCAGACACAAGGUAACUUGGUAGAAGUGGUCAAUCAAGAAGAUGGUUCAGUGGUUCUGAUUUGUCAACUGAAAGACAAAACUAUCACCUGGCAUAAAAAUGGGCAGCCUAUCAACUCGCAGACUACAAACAAGUGGAACUUGGGAAGUAAUACAAAGGACCAUCGAGGGCUGUAUUACUGCAAGGGACAAAAGGACACUUCAAACAAAAUCCAGCUGCAUUAUAGAAUGUGUCAGAACUGCAUUGAGAUAAGUGCAGCUAAUGUCGUUGGCUUUAUCUUGGCUGAAGUCAUCAGCAUUCUCCUCCUCGCUGUCGGUGUCUAUGCCAUUGCUGGGCAAGAUGGAGUUCGCCAGUCACGAGCUUCCGACAAGCAGACACUGCUGUCCAAUGACCAGCUCUACCAGCCACUCAGGGAUCGGAGAGAUGACCAAUACGGCCAACUUCAAGGAAACCAGCACAAUAAGAAAUGAACUCAGGAUCAGGGUA